CCAAACACUUAGAUUAGAAGUGCCCUUCCUAGGAGGCUCAAGGUCUUUGGCUGCAGAUAAAAUGACGUCAAAUCACGUUAUAUCUAGCUUUGAUUGGACUGAUCAUGUCAACAUCUUACUUUAAAAAUAUUAGCACUAUCAAUUCAACAAUCUACUGGCAAAUCCUUUUUAAUCCCUGUCAUAUGAAGAGAAAUAAUUAAGAUAAAUUAUAGAUAAAACGUAUCGGUGCUCAUCGGCCAUUGGACAUAAACAUUACACAACAAGUUGGAAAUCGCAAAUUCAACAAUGAGUUCUUUGGAAGGAUUCGGUGACAGUGGCUAACCGCAAGCAUUGCAGCUGGGAAGUCAGACUGAGAAAAUACGGUUUGAACGGUCAUCCAACUCGGAAUUGUAAAUCUUUUUCUUUGAUGACAAAAUUUGCCACAGAAGGAUCGCUGCGCACAACAAGUUAGGUGUGAAGUCAUGACAACGUUGGAUGACAAGAUCCUGGGGGAGAAGCUGCAGUACUACUACAGCAGCAGUGAGGAUGAGGAAAGUGACAAGGAGGAUGACGAGGGGGAGCACAAGACCAUCCGCAACCCAGAUGUACUGGAGCCUGAGCUAGAAUACAGCGCCGACGGUAGUGCCGUCAACACAGGGCCCAAGGGGGUGAUUAAUGACUGGAGGAAGUACAAACAGCUGAAGGUGGAGCAGAAGCAGGAGCAGAAGGAGGAGAUGGAGAGACUCAUCAAGAAGCUCUCCAUGACCUGCCGCUCCGACCUGGACGACGAAGCCGAUGCCAUUAAACAGAAAGAGAUGCAGGACAAGAUCAAACACAAGAUGACCAUGCAGGAGUACAACAUGCUCCAGGAAGACGAGGAUGACGAGGACUUCCUCCAGCAGUACAGGAAGCGGCGCAUCGAGGAGAUGCGUCGGAAGGUGUUACGCGGUAAGCGCUUCGAGCAGGUCUACGAGCUCAAUAGUGGCGAGGAGUUCCUGGAGGCUGUGGACAAGGAGGACAAGACCUGCCUGGUUAUGAUCCACAUCUACGAGGGUGAGGUGCCUGCCUGCGAGGCCAUGAUGGGCAGCCUGCUGUGCCUGGCACAGGAAUACCCCCUGGUCAAGUUCUGUAGCGUGCGUGGGUCGGUUAUCGGCACCAGUGCCCAGUUCAGGGGCAGCGCCUUGCCAGCCCUGCUGGUGUACAAAGGAGGAGACCUGAUUGGGAACUUUGUGCGCAUCACAGACCAGCUAGGAGAGGACUUCUAUGCUGUGGAUGUGGAGGCGCUGCUGCAGGAGUAUGGGCUGCUGCCGGACAAACCUGUCCUUGUCAAUAAGACCAUCCGCAACGGCGCCAUCACACAGAGCGACGAUUCUGACCUUGACAUAGACUAGAGAACAGUCCUGCACAUAUAUAGAAACAUAGACUAGAACCCCUAUGUGUACACACACACACACACAUAGACUAGAACCCCUAUGUGUACACACACACACUCGGUCGACAGACUAGAACCCCUGCGUGCGCACACACACACGGUCGACAGACUAGAACCCCUGCGUACGCACACACACACGGUCGACAGACUAGAACCCCUAUGCGUGCGCACACACGGUCGACAAACUAGAACCCCUACGUACGUACGUACGCACGCACACACAUGCACACACACACACCGUCGACAGACUAGAACCCCUACGUACACACACACGGUCGACAGACUAGAACCCCUACGUGCGCGAGAACAUACACACGGUAGACAGACUAGAACCCCUACUUGCAAACACGGUCGACAGACUAGAACCCCUACUUGCAAACACGGUCGACAGACUAGAACCCCUACGUGCAAACACGGUCGACAGACUAGAACCCCUACGUGCACACACGGUCGAC